CUGGGCUAUGCAAAGGCGGCUGCCACACAGCGCACUGAUUGCUGAGGUUAGUAGCAAAGGUGUCGGGACACAGAGACGUUAGAGGAUGAAGGCACACCCGGGCCGCUCUGCCUGGCUGACUCACGAUCUCUGAUCACUGCCCUCAUUUCACCGCACCCAAGUCCUACCAUGAGGCCAAUAGGUGUGCUCCGGGUGGUGGCCGUGGUGUGCACGCUGGCUGGAACGUGGUUCCUUCUGCAGACGUACCUCAACACGAGCUGGAAGUCCGUCUCUUUACGGAGCUGGUUUGGUUCCUCGGUGCUUCCAGAUUCCUCGGCCAGUCAUGCCCAGCCGCAGACCCCACGGAAUAAGUGCGGCAAUCUGAAAAGCUGUCCCCCAAACCAUUUUGCCUUCAAAAUCAUCAGCGGAGCAGCAAAUGUUGUUGGACCAUCCCUGUGCUUUGAAGAUAAUCUUAUCAUGAGCAGCGUGAAAAACAACAUCGGCCGUGGAUUAAACUUCGCGCUUGUGAAUGGGACAACAGGACAGCUCAUCAAAACAGAAAGCUAUGACAUGUACUCUGGAGAUGUCAAACACCUAGUGGCCUUUCUGAAAACCAUCCAGGAUGGCACCCUGGUGCUUGUCGCCUCCUACGAUGACCCAGCCACCAAGAUGAAUGAUGAAGCACGGACACUGUUAACCAAUCUGGGAAGCACCUACGCAGCCAAGCUGAGUUUCCGGGACAAUUGGGUUUUCUUAGGAGGAAAAGGUCUCAAGGACAAGAGCCCUUUUGAACAGCACAUAAAAAAUGAAAAGGAAAAAAACAAAUACGACGGCUGGCCCGAGGUCUUGGAAAUGGAGGGCUGCGUACCACAGAAGAUGGAUUAGCGGUGUGUGGACCUCCAAAUAGCUCCUGCAUCAAGCCUAACUUAACCAUACAUUUUCAUCUGCCUGGAAAAAGCCAUUUCCAUCUGGAUCCCUCAGUCUGAACUGGUCCCAGUUGUGUGCCUGUUGAAUCACCCAGCACAGCACAAGCCAGCUGGGCCUUUUCAAUUGAUCAGAUAUUUUAAAACAGUGAUUGAGCCCUGCUUUAAAAGCGUGUAGUCCAUGCUAUAACAGCACAUCUCCACUGCCGAUGCCCAGCAGAUUCCAACAUGCUGUUCUAUUAUAUUAAUAUGGCUCAUGUUGGGAGCAGGAAGGUAUGUCAUGACUGGGCGCUGUAGUUUUUUGUCUGCCUGAGACUAUUACAGGAGGGGACAACCAAUACUGGGGCACAAGGUGUUUUGAGCUAUUAAUUAAAUCAGGUAUUAAGUAAGAUUUCUUAUUGAUUCUUAAUAAACGGUCUU